CACGAAAGAAAGAAAAGAUUAAACCCCCAGAAAGAAGGACGCGUCCUCACAGCGAUAGUAAUCCACCCGACAGGCUGCAUGGAGGGGGUGAUGGAGCUCUGUGAUUGGCGGAGGCGGUGUGACGUCAGCCGGUGUUGGGGGUUUACCGCAGUGUCCCGGUCCCGGUCCCGGUGUCCCGUCUCCGUCCGCAUCGACCGACGAAGCUCCGCGACCUCCGAUCGAUCAGCUGGUCGACAGAAGCUCGAUCCUCUUCGUCCUCUUCAUCAUCUUCAUCAUCUUCAUCCUCCUCGUCCUCUUCAUCCUCUUCGUCCUCACCGCACCGCCUCCAUCUUCAUCCUCUUCGUCCUCUUCAUCAUCCUCAUCCUCUUCAUCCUCAUCCUCCAUCUUUCUCCUUUUCAUCCUCCAUCUUCAUCCUCCUCCUCCUCCUCCUCCUCCUCCUCCUCCACCAUGUCCGGGUCCAAGGAAGAAGAGGACCGAAAGGGGUCAGGCGAGUGGCGGGAAGCUUUCUGGAACCCGCGGACGCACGAGCUGCUGGGACGGACCGCCACGAGCUGGGGUCUCAUCCUGCUCUUCUACCUGGUCUUCUACCUGUUCCUGGCCGGGAUGUUCACUCUGACCAUGUACAUCAUGCUACUGACCCUGGACGACUACAAACCCACCUGGCAAGACCGGCUGGAGACCCCAGGGAUGAUGAUCCGUCCUAAGGGGGACCAGUUGGACCUCACCUUCUCUGUGUCCAACACUGAGAGCUGGGACGACUUCGUCCAAAAUCUCAACUCCUUCCUGUCGACUUACAAUGACACGUUUCAGGUUCAGACCAAUGACAACUGUCCCCCUGAUCAAUACUUCAUCCAAGAGGACAGUGCAGAGGUGAGGAAUAAUCCCAAACGUUCUUGUCAGUUCAAUCGUACGAUUUUGGACGAAUGUUCUGGGAUUUCUGAUCGUUUCUAUGGUUACGACAAAGGUCAGCCCUGCGUCCUCAUCAAACUGAACCGGGUGAUCGGGAUGUUACCAGGGAAGGAUGGACAGUCUCCUUAUGUCACCUGUGGAGCCAAGAUUUACAAAGUGGGGGACAAUGAGUGGAGGGAGGACGCUGACAAGAUUGGACCUUUGGCCUAUUUCCCUCCCAACGGAACCUUCAACCUCAUGUACUACCCCUACUACGGCAAGAGGGCCCAGGUGAACUACACUCAGCCUCUGGUGGCCGUGAAGUUCCUGAACGCGUCCCUGAACACAGACAUCAACGUGGAGUGUAGAGUCAACUCCAACACGCUGUCCCCCGGCAGCGAGAGGGACAAGUUCGCUGGACGGGUGUCCUUCAAGCUGAGAAUCAACGACAAGUAGACAGAGACACAGAGACUCCUGACUAACGUUAGAGCACCACCCGUCCAGGUGUGUCCCCGUCCAGGUGUGUCCUCGUCCUCAUCAGUCCUCACUAGUCAUGUAAACGUUUCGUGCAGCUUUAACUCAAACACUUCCACCCUGGAACCGACCAAUCAGCACCCACACACUCUGUGAUGUCACUGCCACUGAUGGUGGACGCAUGAGUCAGACCUGGUCCCGAUGGCCCCCCAU